UGUGACUUGGUGCAGAGGCCAGCUCUGUUUCGCGGCAUCUUAAAAAACUAAUUUUUUUUAAAUAAUACAUUUUUUUAUUAAAUUGCGCAAAUAUUACGCUAAAAAAUUAUUUUUCAAAAAUAAUACACCGUGGGCCCGCAGCGGGCCGACUGGGCCUAGUCAGCCCGCAGCGAGCCGAGUGGGAGCAGUCGGCCAGUAGCCGGCCGACAGCUGGCCUGCCUGGCACGUGUCGGCCUCGGAUUGGGCUGGCCACGUCGCGAGGAGGAGAGAGGGAGCUGUCGGCGUGGGCGCGCCCCUGUCAGCCUGCCGCGGGCUGAUCGGCCUGCUGCUGGCCGACAGGGUGCGGCCCCACCUCGCGCGCGCUGGCCCGGCUCCCUGCGGCCUUAUCCUCUCAGCUCCAUGCCGAAGCUGCUGCUCUUCUUCUGUUCUUCUUCUUUCUUACUUUCUCCUCUCUGUGUAAAAAAUGGCACCAAUUUCUACACCUAAAUAAGCCAGUUUUUUACGGUUUUGGCACCGUGAAUGGAUUCAACUUAGUUAGGGCAGCCAAAAGAGGUGUCGAUCUACUGAUGGGGUAGCUCGUGGUGGUUGUGGUGAGCAUUUUGGUGAAGGUGGUGCCAUGGUGGUGGUAAAGUUGGGGCAGUGUGGUGGUGGUGAAGUUGGGGCAGUGUGGUGGAGGUGAAGCUCGUCGUUCGUCAUUCGUCGUUGGAGGCGGAGCACGCGCAGUUUGUUGGCCGCCGUUCGUCGUUCUUCGUUCGCACGCACGCUUCAAGGGUAUAUUUCAGCAAACAUUUUAUUUUUCAUAGGUGCUCCGGUAGUAUUUGUUAAUAUGUUUCGAUGUGAAAUAAAUUAGGUGUGUGAUUAUUGUUAUUUGCCCCGUAGUAUACGUAAAUAUAUUUAGAUGUCAACUAAUUAUUUAUGUAAAAAUGUGUAGUUGCUUCGGUGAUAUUCCGUACUAUAUGUGGAUGUGAAGUAUUUAGUAGUGUCAGUAUUUGCAGUAGCUCCGGUAAAAUCCGUAAUAUAGUUGUAGAUGUAGGCAGUCAAAUAUUAAAAUCUGUAAAUAUUUGUAGUUGCUCCGGCAAAUAUUUGUAAUAUACUUGUAGGUGUGUGAAUUGUAUUAGUUGCUCCGUUAAUAUUCUGUAAUAUAUAUAUAUAUAUAGACAUGUCUAAUAUUUGUUAGUGAAUUGUAUUUCGUUGUUGAAAAAAAAUAGGUGAGCCGGGAUGUCUGAUGUAGUGAAGGUCAGAUUUUACUACGGUCCUGGUACUGUCCAAACAACUGAGAUGGGAGCAGAUCUGAGUGAAUUUACUCGCAUAGAGGUGCCAAUGAGCGCACCUCAAACAUGGUCAGUCAGUCAGGUGAAAGAAUGGAUUGCGGCAAGUUUAGGUCUUGAUACUGAAACACACACCGUCGGUGUUCAUGCAUUAUGGACACGGUCAAGUACAAUAAUUUACUUUUAUUUGAGGCCGAUAGAGCAAGACUCCGAUUGGGUGCGGUGGUUACAAGGUUGUGAACGAAGGGGAUGCAAUCCUAUUGCUUUAGUGCUUCCCGUCGUGAAGAAGGUCACUGCACAUGAAGGCGAGGGUGGCUACGAUCCUGGUCAUAGCAGUGUAGGGAGGCAGUUAUUUAUGUCAAAUGCUGGAGAUGAUGGUUACGAACAAGGACAGAGCAGUCAGGUAGAAAAAGGAAAUGCUUAUGGUAUGAACCAGGGCAGAGUAGUCAGGUAGAAGGAGGAAAUGCCGAUGGUGAUUACAAUGGCGAGGUGGACGCUGACGAGGUAGAUGGGCACAUGCAGGACCAGAUGGAAGAAGAAGACACCGAUGUUGAAAGGGGUCAUGCCCAUGAUUCUGACGAGUCAGAUGAUGAAGAAAAUGCAGAGGAGGUUCCGAAUCCUGCAUGGUGGAAUCAUGACUUCUCAUCUGCAAUGACCAUGAAUGAUGGACAUGAUUCAGCUUGGCAAUAUCACCAGAACAAUAUUGCAACGGGUGCUAUGUAUCCGAACAAGCAAGCCCUGAAGGAUGCAAUAAUUAAUUGGGCAAUGUCCACGCAAAGGGUUUUCACAGCUCAGGUGUCCAGUCAGAAAUUCCUGACAAUGGUAUGCAAGAACGCAGAUUGUCCCGCCAGGGUGCACGGCUUUCUCCCUAAGUAUGGCAUAAGUUGGGUGAUAAGUGACUUAGUUAAUCACACUUGUCUUAUUCCCUGCAUCCCUCAAGAUCAUGUAUUAACCAGUUUUUCAAUGUUGCAUUAUCUUUCAUAGUACUCCAUUCGAAGCUUCAGGUAAUUGUUGAACACACACCACAAUUUUAGGACGACAAGAAAGGGCAUGAACAGGACAACUGCUGACUGGCUAGUUAGACUAGAGCCGUAUGUUAUAGAAUGGGAGACAGCAAACACAAAUCUAUGGCACGAGAAUCACAAUUUUGAUCUCAAUGAAUUCAAUCUCUAUUUGCGGCGCUACAUGACUGGAACACGGUUACGCAUCGUUGAGCACUCCCACCCAGAGGAGAUACCGGAUCCUACUCCGUGGGAUAUGUACCCGAGCUAUGAUACUUCGGGCUCUAGGCAGUACGCGGCUUCCUUGACGCACGAUAUCUACAACGACGUGACCACCUUUGGACGAUCACUGUCGUCUGGACCUCUUCUUCAGCACCGUCCACUGCUACACCCCUUCUUGGAACGAAUUCAGAACAAGAUACGGACUAUGUACGAGGCUAUCACGUGCACCCGGAGAACCGACGUUGUUCAGCACCAGCAGCAGCAGCCGCGUCACUCCACGCACCGACAUCAACCACAUCCACGUCUAGCAUUCAGCCGACAACCAGGGCACCCCGUCCUGAUCAACCUGGCAGUUCAACGUGGCAGCAACCACAACACUAUGGUCCCACGUCGAGCUUCGUGUUUUCUCCACAGCCACAGCAACACGGUCCAUCGUCGAGCUUCGUGUUUUCUCCACAGCCACAGCAGCACGGUCCCUCGUCUAGCUUCGUGUUUGAGCCAGAGCAGCCGUCACAGCCAGCAGGAGCCUACGGAUAUCAGGCGUCUAUGUCGGCAUCACAUGAUACGUGGGGGAGUGAUCAACAUCCCGAGGAGAACAUACAGGCUCAGAUGUCGCAGCACACCCAGUGGAUGAACAUGUUUUCGACUCCUCCACCAGGCCCCACACAGGAUACACAGCAUGACCAGGUAGAGUCUGACAUUCCUCCUUGUCACAUUAGGCCACCUGACAGGUGGGGAUGGUCGCCGCUUCCAGAUCCGCCUCCCCGCCAGGCCAGACGUCGUCACUGACGCUUCUAUCUAUCAGUAGAGACAUUACCAUCUAUUUAUGUGUGAGACUUAUGUCUAUUCUAUAUAUGAGACAAAUGACUAUGUACUUAUGUAUGAGACAUAUGCCUACUCUAUUUUAGUACUC